AUGGCGAACAACAAGGAAGGCACAGUGACGGAAUCUAGCAAUGCAAAUUUUCCUGUAUUACCAAAUACAAAUAACAACAAUCCCUUAGCUCGGAAAUUAAACAAAAUAUUGGAAAGUAGAAUUGACAAUGACAAGGAAAUGCUUGAAGCUCUCAAAGCUUUAUCAACAUUCUUUGGUGAAAAUAGUUUAAGGACACGCAGGAAUUUACGCAGUGACAUCGAAAGACGAAAUUUGUUAAUCAAUGAAGAAUUUGUUCAGGCAUUUGAAGUUGUGGAAGAGCAACUGAACAGUGUUUAUGCUGAUGUGAAAGCCAUGAAUGAAUGCUGCCUGGAUAUGACCAACAGACUCAAGGCAGCUAAAGAACAGACAAGAGAUCUUUUAAACCAAACAACUGGAUUACAAGCAGAAAGUCAAAAACUUCAAAUGAAAGCACAAGUUGCUGAUGCCUUCUUGGAUAAAUUUCAGCUGAAACCAGAAGAAUGUAAAAUUUUACGUGGCUCUAAAAGUACUGGUCUUCAUAAAGAUUUUUUCAAAGUACUCUCCAGAGUUAAACAGAUUCAUGCAGAUUGUAAAGUUUUAUUAAGAACCAACCAACAAACUGCUGGGUUGGAGAUUAUGGAAUCAAUGGCUCUUCAACAAGAAUCAGCCUAUGAGAGACUUUAUCGUUGGACACAGAGUGAAUGCCGAACUCUGACAGGAGAUUCUCCUGAUAUUUUCCCCUUGUUAUGUAUGGCAAUGGAAGCACUGCAAGAUCGACCCGUGUUGUUCAAGUAUUCACUUGAUGAAUUUGGCACAGCUCGGCGCACAGCUGUAGUUCGAGGAUUGAUUGAUGCUUUGACAAGAGGAGGUCCUGGUGGAACUCCUCGACCAAUUGAAUUGCAUUCCCAUGAUCCUCUGCGCUAUGUUGGUGAUAUGUUGGCCUGGUUACAUCAAGCUGCUGCUUCUGAGAAAGAACAUCUUCAGACAUUAAUUAAAAUGUGCAAAUAUGAAGAUGCACUGAUUGAGAGCAUUUUAGGACACAUUUGUGAAGGAGUUUGUCGUCCUUUCAAAGUGAGAGUUGAUCAAGUUUUGGCUGCCGAACAAGACGCUGUUAUUCUUAAUAAACUUAAUAAUUUGCUUAAGUUUUACAGAAAUACUAUUGGACAAAUCCUUGGAGAAUCCGAGUCACUUACAAAAACGGUUGAAGAAAUGGAAGUUCUCAGCCAUCAAAUGUUUUUCAACAGUCUUAACUGUCAUGCUAGUAAAUUGCUAGAUAAGGUAGAACUCCCACCUCCUGACUUGGGGCCAACAUCAUCGUUAAAAGAAUCAUUGCAACUUCUUCGGGAUGUUCUUGCUUGUCAAGAUGCUUCUGUUGUUCCACUAGACAAUAAGAAGCAAGAUUUCAAACAGGUUGUGUCUUGUGUUGUUGAUCCUGUUUUGCAAAUGUGCUCUGUAUCGGCCAGCCGCUUAAAUACUGUAGACAUGGCUGCUUACAUGGUUAACUGCAUCUACCUUACCCAAAGUGCUUUGGCUCUCUAUCAAUUCACUGACACCAGAUUGGAAAUGUUACAAGCUCAGAUUGAUGCCCAAGUGGACACUUUGGUCAGUGAACAAGCAGCCUUCAUCUUGAAUAGAGUUAAUUUAACUCAGGCUUAUGCAACAAUCCAGCAGCAGACAGACAAAUCGGCUCCUAUAUCAACCCUACAAGGUAUGGAUGCUGCCACUUUAAAGUCUGCAAUGAGUAAAUUUGACAAUUAUUUGGCAUCUCCAGAUUCCCUCACUCUUCCUCAGUGCAGCCUCCUACUCAGUGCCACAGUCAGGGAAAAAGUGAAAAAGGUUUCUGUGGAUCUGAUUUGUGAUGCAUAUAAGCACAUUUAUGAUUGUAUCUGUGAUGCAAAGAAUGACUACACUGACUCCCAGAGCAUUGUGCCAAGGACUCCUGACCAAGUUGUUAAACUCUUGUCAUAA